AUGGAAGCUUCACAAAAUCUUCUCCAAACACCCCAAAAUUUCAUGAAGGACGAUGAUGUGAGCCAAGAAUGUGAGAAUCUGAUCUCUUCUUUACCUUCAGAGAAAGAUUUCAUGGGACGUAAUCUCUAUAACUACCAAGGAUCUUGGUACUAUCCCAGCAGACUCCAAGCAAUCCUAAACUUCCAAAAGGAUUUCAAAGCACGGGACACUGAUAUCAUCCUAGCUUCUUUCCCCAAAUCAGGAACCACCUGGCUCAAGGCUCUUGCAUUUGCCGUCGUCCAUAGAAACAAGUACGCUCCUAAUCUUGUAUCCCAUCCUCUCCUCUCCAACAAUCCACACAACCUCGUUCGGUUUCUUGAACUUGAUUUAUAUGUUAAGGACCAACGUCCUGACCUCGAAGAGAUUCCUUCUCCUAAGAUUUUUGCAACCCACAUGCCGUUUCAAACGCUUCAUGAGACUCUAAGGGAUUCUCCAUGCAAAGUUGUUUACGUGUGUAGGAACAUAAAAGAUGUGUUGGUCUCUCGUUGGCAUUUCAGGAGCAAGGUUAGAAACGAGUUAUAUAGCAACUACUCACUUGAAGAUAUGGUUGACGAGUUUAUCAAAGGGGAUUACGCGUUCGGACCGUUUGAUAAUCAAGUCUUAAGUUACUGGAAAGUGAGCUUGGUGAGUUCGAAACCGGUACUCUUCAUGAAAUAUGAAGAAAUGAUAGAGAAGCCUGAGGCUCAAGUUAUGAGGCUCGCAGAUUUCUUGGGUUGUUCGUUUACUGAAGAAGAAAAGCAAAGUGGAAUGGUGGAGAAGAUCUUGGAACUGUGUAGUUUUGGUAACUUGAGUAACUUGGAAACCAACAAGACUGGGACAUCUGCUUUUGGAAUUGCUCCCCAUGCGUUUUUUCGUAAAGGAGGAGUUGGUGACUGGAAGAAUCAUCUCUCUGAUGAUAUGGCAAGAAAACUCGAUGAGAUGGUCGAAAAGAAACUACGAGGUUCAGGGUUGAAGUUUGAGUGA